AUGGCUUUCCAAAAUACCACGUCCAGCAUCGCUAUGGCCCUUGCUAGUAAGACCGCCUCGGUUGACAUCCCCAAGCCGCGUCCCGGCUUUCCUAUGGCUAGUCGCGACUCGACUCGCCCCGGGGCUCCUGCUUUGUUGCCCACACCGCCCAACUCUAUAUCGCCAACUUUGCCGCCUCAGGGCUUCAGACGAGAGGAUGUCGGUCCGUCGGGUUACUCUCCGCUUGCCUCUUCGCAUGUGGACUCGGACGUCGACCUUGGAGAUGUUACGGCGAAUCCCCUCGCUGCCCAUGAUCUCGAUAGCACCGGAGCUAUAACCCCUGGAAUGUUGGCCAAACACCAUCUUCCGGAGAUUAUGCUGCAGCAUGGACCCUUGGCGAUUCGCCACCUGAUGGGUUAUCUGACUUCUUCUGUUCCCGGCUUCUCGGGUAUUCCUCCGGCCAAAGCACGGAGACUGGUUGUGGCCGCACUGGAGGGUCGAGGGUUGGACGAGAAAAGCGCUAUCGCUCAAAGCAAUGUGAUCUUCGAGAAGGUUGGCUGGGGUCGCUGGGAUGCACGGCGUCGUGGCGAACCGUUGCGCAGAGACUCGCAACGAAUGAACAUGUCGCCCCCCUCCAGUCCCUUGGACACGUUCUACCAGCGGGGCAUGCAGAUUCCCACCACCAAGAGGGAAAGCCUGCAGCCCUAUGGCACCAGCGUAGCGGGUGAUUCCGCCGUGUUUUCCUAUUCAACCGAGAUGGAAUUUGGCCGUCCCGGUAUCAGCAUGUUGGAAGAGGAAGCUGACAAGAUGUCUCUGGACGGCAACGAUCGCGAGUACUGCUCAUCUUCUGAGGCCCCUGACGACGAAAUGCCAAUCGAGGAUUGGGGGGAAGAAGAUGUGACAGAUGAGGAAGAUUGGGCGCAGAUAGGGGCUGAUGCUCUACGUGCACGAUCCCUCAACGCCUCAGGCGGUAUUGUCUACGGCAGCGGCAAGUCGCCUCAACUCCGUGGAGGAGGGCCGGCAACCUCAUCUUUAGCAAAAUCGGCACCGCGCAAUUUUCCUAUCCAACAGCUUGGGUUCAAUCCACCUGAUAAUGCCAUGAAUGACGGGGAUGAGCGCGCUGCAGCUGCAGCCGCAUUGUUACGGCUUGGAUCGAUGUGA